AUGCCCGCAGUCGUAGCACCACCGCCUGCUACGGUACCCAGCAAGCGAGUCUUGCAGGACAAUACCAACUCUCGCCGGAAUCAGCAGGCCUCGCCACAGAAGAAACGCAGACUGGACGACUCGAAGCCGGUGUUCAAGACUCCUGCGAGAAGAGGUCCUGAUGGGAAGCCCAUUAAUUCGAGUCAGCCGAAGAGCCAGUUUGAAGAGGAGGUUCUUGAGCGACUCACGCAAGACAUCGACGCCUUGAAGCACAAGAAUGCAGAAAAGGACCAGCAUUGGGCAAGACCGAGUCUAGACAGCUUCAACGACAAAACGGACACCGUGAGCUUUCAGUCCAUCGAUGCCGAGGAGGGCACUCUUCAUGGUGGCAAGGCCACUGUGAAGCUGUUUGGCGUGACAGAGGAAGGACACUCCGUACUUCUCCAUGUUACGGACUUCCUGCAUUACCUCUACGUCGCGGCUCCGAUCGCCUUCACGAAGAAUGACUGCGAGCCCUUCAAAGUCUUCCUUGAGUCCAGCCUUGCUCAACAUUCCGCUGCCAUUCAAUCAGUGCAAAUGGUCAUGCGGGAGAACAUGUUCGGAUUCCAAGGCAACACCAAGAGUCCAUAUCUUAAGAUCACAGUGACGGACCCCAAGUUCAUCAACCGUCUCCGCACGACGAUCGAAUCUGGCAAUGCCAACUACAAGGGCCUCUGGAAGGUUGCUGAAGGUGGGAUCUUGACCUUUGACAGCAUCCAAUACGUGCUUCGUUUCAUGGUCGACACGGAGAUCUCGGGCAUGUCCUGGGUUUCGGUCAAUGCGGGCAAAUACCACAUGAUCCCAAUGCGGGAUCGGCAGUCAAACUGUCAGAUCGAGGCACAUUGCCAUUUUCGCGAUAUGAUUGCGCACCCAGCAGAUGACGCAGAAUGGUCGAAAAUGGCUCCACUUCGCAUUUUGAGCUUCGACAUCGAGUGCGCUGGACGAAAGGGCGUCUUCCCAGAAGCCAACAUCGAUCCUGUUAUCCAAAUCGCCAACGUCGUCACCCGAUAUGGUGAAGAGAAGCCCUUCGUUCGGAAUGUCUUCUGCAUGGACACGUGCAGCUUGAUUGUAAACACGCAAGUGUUCGAAUUCCACAGCGAGGAGAAGAUGCUCAUGGCAUGGCGCGAUUUCUUGGAGGAGGUUGACCCGGAUGUUAUCAUCGGCUACAACACGUCCAAUUUCGACUUCCCAUACCUUCUGGACAGAGCUGCUCAUCUCAAGGUGGGCAAAUUCCCAUACUGGACGCGGCUGAAGAACGUCAAGUCUGCUGCUAGAGACGCCAACUUCUCCAGCAAGCAGAUGGGAAAUCGCGACACAAAAGCGACAAACACCAAUGGCCGUCUGCAGCUGGAUUUGCUGCAACUGAUUCAACGGGACUAUCAACUGCGAAGCUACACACUAAACUCCGUUUCUGCUCACUUCUUGAAAGAGCAGAAGGAAGAUGUACAUCACACCAUGAUCACCGAGUUGUACAACGGCACUCCAGAGUCGCGCCGCAGACUUGCUGUAUACUGCUUGAAAGACGCCUACUUGCCACAACGUCUCAUGGACAAGCUCAUGUGUCUUGUCAACUACACAGAAAUGGCAAGAGUCACAGGUGUUCCCUUCAAUAUGCUCCUUUCCAGAGGCCAACAAGUCAAAUUCAUCAGUCAACUAUUCCGAAAAGCUCUGGAGCAGCAACUGGUCGUACCGAACCUCAAACCGGAAGGCAGCGAUGAGCAGUACGAAGGCGCCACGGUCAUCGAGCCUACUCGAGGCUACUACGACGUUCCGGUUGCAACCCUCGAUUUCGCAUCUCUGUACCCCAGUAUCAUGCAAGCGCACAAUUUGUGCUACACCACACUCCUGAACAAGAAUGCUGUCGAGAAGCUCAAUCUGAAGAAAGACGAGGACUACAUUGUCACACCUAAUGGAGACCUCUUCUGCACGACCAAAGUCCGCAAGGGUCUGCUGUCACAGAUUCUCGAAGAACUUCUGGGUGCCAGAAAGCGAGCGAAAAAGGCACUGGCAGUGGAGACCGAUCCGUUCAAGAAGGCAGUUCUCAACGGUCGACAACUGGCCUUGAAGAUCAGUGCCAACUCCGUCUACGGUCUGACGGGUGCCACUAACGGAAAGCUGCCCUGUCUGGCGAUCGCCAGCAGUACCACCUCCUACGGCCGUCAAAUGAUUGAGAGAACGAAAGAAGAGGUGGAGAACCGCUACACCAUCGCCAAUGGAUACAGCCAUGAUGCCCAGGUCAUCUACGGUGAUACGGACUCUGUCAUGGUGAAGUUUGGACCCAAUGAUCUCGCGAAAGCCAUGGAACUCGGGCAGGACGCGGCCGAGUACGUGUCGAGCAAGUUCAUCAAGCCCAUCAAGCUGGAGUUCGAGAAGGUCUACUACCCAUACCUGCUGAUCAACAAGAAGCGUUAUGCUGGCCUGUACUGGACCAACACUGAGAAGUACGACAAAAUGGACACCAAAGGUAUCGAGACGGUUCGUCGCGACAAUUGCCGGCUGGUUCAAAAUGUGAUCGAGACGAGCUUGAAGAUGCUUCUGAUCGAUCAGGAUGUGCAGGGAGCUCAAGACUACGUAAAGGAAACCAUUUCAGAGCUGCUCCAAAAUCGGAUCGACAUGUCCAACCUCGUGAUCACAAAGGCCUUGAGCAAGGUUGAUUACGCAUCGAAACAAGCCCAUACCGAAUUGGCAGAACGCAUGCGGAAACGCGACGCCGGAUCAGCGCCAGCUCUCGGCGAUCGUGUGGCCUAUGUGAUGGUGAAGGGUGCUGCAGGCGCCAAGGGAUAUGAAAAGUCCGAGGACCCCAUGUUCGUGCUGGAGCACAACCUACCCAUCGACACGAAGUACUAUCUGGACAACCAACUGGCGAAGCCGUUGGGUCGCAUCUUCGAGCCUAUCCUGGGCGAGAAGAAGGCUGGGUCCUUGCUGACUGGCGAUCACACGCGUGCCAUCUCUGUCGCAGCGCCGACCAUGGGUGGCUUGAUGAAGUUUGCCAAGAAGACCGAGACAUGCCUUGGUUGCAAGAAGCCUCUGUCAUCCAAGGAAGAGCAGGGUGGUGCUGUUGGAGCCGAGUGUCGUCCACGUUUCGGAGAGCUGUAUCAACGAUCGCUGACGAAAGUGUCGGAGCUCGAGGUCCGCUUCGCUCGGCUGUGGACACAAUGCCAGCGCUGUCAGGGCAGCAUGCACAACGAAGUCAUUUGCUCGAGUCGCGAUUGUCCAAUCUUCUACAUGAGAAUGAAGGCGAAGAAGGAUGUGGAGGAUGCGGGCAAGGAGAUUGAGCGGUUCGAUAAGGACAGUGCGUUGUGGUAA